CGUUUGCUAUCAGUUAUUAGUGUGUGAUGGAAAUAAAAUGAAGUGGAAGUAAUGAAUGAUUUAUUAACCACACCUCUCUCCUGACGCUGUCCCCGGGGCGUGGCUUCACAGAGUCACGUGACUCCUCCAGUGCGGCUCGCGCUGAAAGAUGGCGGCGGUGGAGCAGCGCCCGCCCGUGCGGGACGGGGUUCGGAUCGGGGUGCUGUGCAUGUGCUGGUACACCGUCAGCUCUGCUGGCAACGUGGUCAAUAAAAUCAUCCUCAACGACUUCCCCUACCCGGUCACAGUCUCUCUCUUUCAUAUAGUCUCCAUCAUCGUGUUUCUCCCGCCGCUGCUGCGAGCCUGGGGCGUCCCGCGAACGGAGUUACCGGCCCGCUACUACCGCUGGUUCAUUCUGCCGCUCGCCUUCGGGAAAUACUUCUCCUCCGUCUCGGCCCAUUUCAGCAUAUGGAAGGUCCCGGUGUCGUACGCGCACACUGUGAAGGCCACCAUGCCCAUCUGGGUGGUUCUGCUGUCACGGAUUAUCAUGAGAGAGAAGCAAACCACAAAGGUUUAUGUGUCUCUUAUACCCAUCAUUGGAGGCGUUCUGUUGGCCACUGUCACUGAAUUGUCCUUUGACGUCUCUGGAUUGAUCAGCGCUCUGGCAGCAACGCUCUGCUUCUCUUUACAGAACAUAUUCUCGAAAAAGGUCUUGCGUGACACAAGGAUUCACCACCUCCAAUUACUAAACAUGCUGGGCUUCAAUGCACUUUUGUUUAUGCUGCCCACAUGGAUUUUAGUGGACUUCUCAAACUUCCUGAUGGAUGGAGACCUGACAGAGGUUUCCAACUGGACAGGAACAAUUGUGCUGCUCCUCAUUAGUGGUUUCUGCAACUUUGCACAAAACAUGAUCGCUUUCAGUGUGCUGAACCUGGUCAGCCCACUCAGUUACGCCGUAGCCAACGCAACAAAGAGGAUCAUGGUCAUCAGUAUAUCCCUACUGAUGCUCAGGAACCCCGUCAACACCUCCAACAUUAUCGGCAUGAUGACAGCAAUACUAGGCGUCUUCCUCUAUAAUAAGGCGAAAUACGAUUCUAACCAGGAGGCCAAAAAGAAACUGCUGCCAGUUUCAGCACAGGAUAUGGUUUCAUUCGACAAGCCCCAGUCCAAUGGCUCUGGGCCCUUCGCUCACAGCUCAGACUUUCAGCACGGUCGGAGCACAGUACUCACCGACCACUUUGAGUACAGCCGACAGGCCUACACAACAAAUUUCAGCUCCAAGCAGUAUGUUGUGUGAGUCGAGCACUUUGGAGGUCUCAGACCCCCGUGCUUCAGAGGAGAUGGGUGUAUGUUUCAUACAGACGAGAAAGUGGCGGAAUGACUGGAAAAAGAAUGUUUACUCACAAAAUCCUACUGCUUUUUUCACAGGCCUGUUAUUUAUUUCAGCACAAACCCUAUUGUGUAUGUUUUCCCAUUUAGUUUAUGAGGAGUAUUUCAGUGGUAUGUGCAGAUUAUAGCAAGGUGCUGGGAUAUAUUUGGUAGGUUUUUGUUUUUUUUGCACAGGAUGCAUUUCAAUGCAGGUCAGAAUGUAACGUGUCUUCGUCGUCAUCAUGCUACUGUGAGUGAGAGACAGAUAAAAGAGUGAGACCUCUGCCAUAUAACAUACACUGGGUCACUGCAAAUACAAAUGCAUCAGGGUGUUAGUCAAUGUUCUGGUUUCGCCUUUAAUUUGUAAAUAUUUUAUUUAUUUUUAUCGAGGAAGGUGUAUUGGUUAACCAUAUCAUGAACUGAAAACACCCCAUUGAUUUUUUUCCGAAUGUCUAAUAUCUGUGAAGGAAUGUUUUUUUCAUUCCGGGGGUGUUAAAUUAGACGGAGGUCACUGUACAAGAUCACUUGAAUCAUGGUUCUCACAUUCAUAUGCAUGAUUAUCAAUUUUUUGUAUUGUUACUUUAUUUUUACUGUGCAUAACCUAUGGGUCAGUUUCAUGAAUAUUAAAUGUCUGGGAAGGGAAAACCGGGGAUUCAUAAAGCUAUUUAUUUUAUGUUAUGUUAUUUUUUUCAGGAAAUUGACAUUCUGUAGUACGUUUAAAUUUGUCUCAGUUCCUCGAACUGAAGUUUAAGAAAACUUCUAAUAAAACGUUUGUGGACA